AUGUAAUUCUAGUUCAGUUAGUGGUUAAUAAACUCUUACAAAAGAAGUCAUGAUGAAGACUUUAAAAUCUUUAAAGAAGGAGUUAUUUGCUUCAGCUCUUUAAAUUUCAAUGAUGGUCUAAUAAAUAAAAUAAUAAGCUGGAGGAAAAUUAAAUUUUGACAUGAAAGAAUUUAUUUACUCAUACCCUGCAAUUACUUAAGAAAUAGCCAAUAGUGAAAAUAAAGCCUAUUAAAAAAAUGGAAUUACAUAAGAAAUCUUUUAAUGGAAUUGCGAAAAUACAUAUAAAAAUGAUAAAUAAAUAUAAGAAAUAUAAGAAGAACUAAAAAAGAUGUUCGAUUAAGCAGUUUUAGGAUAUCCACCUGAUGCUAAAACCGAAAUUCCCGAAUUUUUGACUUCAUAGAAACUUCUCGAAAUUAUAGAAAAAAUUAUGAGAUAAACUACAAAAUCUAUGUAAUAGAAAUUUCUAGAAAUGAAAUAAUAACAUGGUUAAUUAAAUUUAAAUGAUCCUCGUAUUAUUUAGUAAAUGUCAUCAUUAAAAUUAGAAGAUAUUAAAAAUGAAAUUCUUUAAUAAUAUGGUUUAGAUGAUUUUGAUGAUCCGUCAACUAAAAUAUUGCAAUAUGCUACUUAAAAAUAUAAUAUGUAAGAUUAAUAAUUCAGUAUGAAAAUGGCUACUUUAGAACUCAAGCAUAGAAAGUCUAUGGAAACUAUUAUGGCUAAUCCUGAAUUCGAAAGUGCUGUUGAUAAAAUUUUCGAUGAAAAUAUCCCAGAAAGUUCUUUCGGUUAAAUGGGUGAAAUGUUUGCUGGUAUGAUGAAAAACAAUUAAAAAAAUGUUAAUUAAUAAUAAUAAGCUUCUGAAAUAAAAGCAGCUGAAUAAUAAAAAUAAGAAAGUGUUUAAAUAGUUAUAGAUGAAAAAACUGAAGUUGUUUAAGAAUAAGUGGAAAAUGUUUAAGAAAAAGUAGAAAAUAUUAAAGAAUAAAUAAAUAUUAAUAAAUAAGAAAAAGAAGAAAAUAUUGAAGUUUAAAAAGAUGAAAAUAAUAAAGUAGAAAGUAUUGAAAAAUAAAGUAAAAAUAAUGUAAAUCAAAAUAAUAAAGAUUAAGAGGAUAUUCCUUAAUAACUUAAUGAAAAUUAAUCAUAAAAGUAAGAAUAAUAAUAAAAUAUUGAUAAAGUAUUAUAAAAUGAAGAUAUUAUAGCUUGA